AUGGAGAAAGUCAACAUGACUGUCCUCUCAGAGAAGAAUGCCUCAACUACAAUUAACAGCACCAGCCAUUCUCCAGUGGACAUAAGCCCUAUGGACCUGGUCCUUGCCAUUUUUAUGUUGGUGUCUUUCCUGGUCGGGAUAUUGUUCAACGGGCUUUUCUUAUGGGUGCUGGGAAUGAAGAUGAAGAAAACAGUGAAUACCCUCUGGUUUUUCCACUUGAUUCUCACCUAUGUAAUCCCUUCUUCCCUCCUACUCUUCUUUGCUAUCCACACCCUCCUUGGUUUCCACUGGGUCUUUGGCCUAGCCAUGUGCAAAGUUCUGCACACCCUUGUUUCACUGGGGCUGUUCACCACAGUCUUUCUCCUCGCCAUCAUCAGCCUGGACCGCUACGUCCUUGUCCACUACCCUGUCUGGUCCCAGAAUAACCGCACCAUUUCCCGGGCGCAGAGAUUGAUUGCAGGGGUGUGGCUCACUUCUCUUAUUCUGAGUGCUCCGUACCUGGCAUUCCGGGAGACUCAAGUGCUAGAAGGUGGCCGAAUCGAGUGUGUAAACAAUUAUGCUCUCUCUAGUGAUUGGGAUGCACCUGAAGUGAAGACCCUGAGGAGCCAAAUUUACCUGGCUCUUUUUUUGACCAGGCUCCUGCUGUCCUUCCUGAUUCCCUUCUGCAUUAUCAUGGGCUGCUACUGUGGGAUGGGAUGGAAAAUGAAGAAGAAAAGGCUGGCGAGGAAUGGGAAGCCUUUCAAAGUCUUGGUGGUUGCCGUGACCUCCUUCUUCAUCGCCUGGGCUCCCUACCAUCUUUACCAUGCUUCGUUGCUGUUUAAAAAAGUACCUGAUGAAGUACAACUGUAUCUAAGAGCAAUUUUCAUCAUCACCACGUGUUUGAAUUGGUGUGUCACUCCCAUCCUUUAUCUCUUUGUUGGGGAGAAAUUCCAGCAAGUCUGCAAGAUGUCCAUUCGUGCUUUGCUGAAGAAAGCUUUUGUGGAGAUUUCCAUCCUCCCUGAGGAUGACUCUACUGCUAAUGGUGUAGCUAAUCCAAAUAGCAACCAAAGCAACUUGUAG